AUGGCAUCCACUCCAGCUCCUCCACAGGAGAAAACUUUCCGCAACCUCGCUACCAACCAAGCGGCCAAUUAUGCAGCUACCCGCAAAGGUUAUCCACCAGCCCUGAUCAACUAUAUCGUAAACCAUCAUCGUGCUACUGGGGGAAAUACCAAGCUGCUAUUGGACGUGGGAUGUGGCCCUGGAAACUCGACUCAGGCCCUUGCGCCACAUUUUGACCAAGUCUUUGGCGCAGACCCCGGAGAAGGCAUGAUCAAAGCGGCCAAGGAACUAGGUGGGGUAUCAGGUACUGGAAAUCCUAUCAAAUUUCGGAUUUGUUUGGCGGAGGAGUUGGACAAGCUCGAGGAGCCCGAGUGCGGCUCUGUUGAUAUGAUUAACGUGACUGCGGCGAUCCAUUGGUUUGAUGUACCAAAAUUCUGGGCCAGUGCGGCAAAAAUGUUGAAACCAGGAGGCACGAUCUCUGUGUGGAACAUCUUCCCAACAAAUCCAAGCACUCCAUAUGCAAACAACGAAAAAGUUCAGGAGAUUAUGGAUCACUUUUCAGAUGUCGUUCUGGGUCCUUAUGUGACUCCUGGAAGCAAGCUGUCGAAAAACGGAUACAAUGGUCUAAAUUUACCAUGGGACCAGCCUGAAACAGCCUCUUUGUUCGACAAGGAAAGUUUUUUGGAGGAGCGGUGGUAUUCUAAUGACUUAGAGUCCAAAAAAAUGGGCUUUUUUGGUGGUCUUGCUCAGGAUCAGUGGACUCUCACGGCUGUCAAAGCGAUGUUGGGAACCAUGAGUCCUGUAAUCAGGUGGCGUGAGGCCCAUCCAGACUUGGCUGGUACAGACCAGGAUUGUGUUGACGUAGUUAUACGGCAACUAUGCGAUGCCAUCGGAGCACCGAACGCACUGAAGGAUGGUACAACCAUGUCUGGCGGUAUGGGGAUUGUAAGAAGUUUGAACACAAAUAUGGAACUGGGGACCCCCGAUGUGGACGCCGCAACCCCAUCGAACAUUGCCAGUGCUGACGCAGAAGGAAUGGCACUGGAAAACAUACACGCAAGAAGCCAUCCUUGUGUCAUCAAGUGGUUUGCGUUCAAAAAACGAGCCUGGAUGUCUGGAUAUGAAACGAGUCUUGUGAAAGAGCCUGACUACUCCGCCAACUCUGGGGAACCGAUGAAACUAAGGCAUCCAGGAAUAAGUGAGAAAGGGGGCUUGGCAUCUCAAUUGAAACGCCCAAGAGCUCCAGAGCUCUCUCUUGCAAAUGACGAUAUCAUCAUGCCGGACAGCCCGGUCAUCGAAACCAACGAACCUGGAACAAGCGAUGGGAACCUCCACAGCAAUUACGGGGAGACCGUUCUUACUUCUCGACCUCGUAAAAGAAUAAGAUCCGCUGAACCUCAUGCUGGUGCUUCCUCGGCAAAUGAGGUAAUUAACUGGGAUGGAAAGAAUGGGAACAACGACAGCGAGGAAAACGAUGAAGAUAAAGAAAACAGGUACCCAACAGGGAGGCCGUUCACCAAUGGCGCCCUGUUUGACGGUAGACAAAAAAGAAAUCCUCUGGGAAGCCACAAGUCUAAGGGAUACCUCGACAUUUUCAGCAAAGUUAAUGCCUCAACCAGUUCCCCUAAGCAAAAAAUCGAUAUGCAGUGGAAGGUGCUCGAUGACAGGGUUAACCGUACAUUGCGACAGUUUCGUGGUUGUUAUCGCCACCAGCCAGAUUGGGAAUACGAGAUUUAA